AUGCCUGGGACAGGGCAGAGAGAUGAAAUGAUAAAAAAUCCAGAGUCACCAGAGGAAAACAGUGAGCCUGAGAAACCAGCAGAUUCUGAUGAGCAAGUAGACUUUGAUGGGGAAAAUGAUCAAGAGGAGACAAUGGAGGAAGAAGAAGUUGAGUAUGAAGAAGUAGAAGAGGAGGAAGAAGUGGAAGAGGAAGACGAAGAGGAGGAGGAGGAAGAAGAAGAAGAGACUAAGCCCCGGGAUGGUGAAGAUGAGACAAGAGUGGUAGACACUAAGGAUGAAGUUAAGAACAAAAAACAAGCUGAGCUUCUUGCGCUUCCACCCCAUGGAUCUGAGGUUUACAUUGGGGGCAUUCCUCAAAAUGUUUCUGAAGAAGAUUUGAAGGUAUUUUGUCAAUCUGUGGGAGAAGUUUGGGAGGUUAGGAUAAUGAAGGGAAAAGAAUCCAGUGAUUCAAAAGGUUAUGCUUUCGUGACCUUCAAGACAAAGGAAUUGGCAUCUAAGGCUAUCGAGGAGCUGAACAAUUCAGAAUUCAAGGGAAAAAGAAUAAAGUGCUCAACAUCUCAAGCUAAACACAGGUUGUUCAUUGGUAAUGUUCCCAGAAAAUGGACUGAAGAAAAUAUGAAGAAAAUUGUUGCAGAGGUUGGCCCUGGAGUCAUAUCUGUGGAACUCUUGAAGGACCCACAAUGUUCUGGCCGAAAUCGGGGAUUUGCUUUUAUUGAGUAUUACAAUAAUGCUUGUGCAGAAUAUUCUAAGCAGAAAAUGUCAAACUCAAACUUUAAACUUGACAGUAAUGCUCCAACAGUGAGUUGGGCUGAUCCAAGGAAUUAUGAAUCAUCUGCAAACUCUCAGGUAAAAGCAUUGUAUGUAAAGAACCUUCCAGGAAACAUUACUCAGGAUCAUCUUAAGGAGCUGUUUGAACGCCAUGGAAAAAUCACAAAAGUGGUUCUCCCUUCUGCUAAAGCCGGCCUCGAAAAGAGCAGAUAUGGUUUUGUGCACUUUGCUGAAAGGUCAAGUGCCAUGAAGGCAUUGGAGAACACAGAGAAAUAUGAAAUUGAUGGACAAAUAUUGGAGUGUUCACUUGCGAAACCACAAGCAGAUCAGAAGUCAUCUGGGGCAGCAAAUCCACAAAAGUCAACUUCACUUCCCACUUUUCCAUCUCAUCUUGGUUAUGGUAUGGUUGGUGGUGCUUAUGGUGCAGGAUAUGGUGCUGCUGGCUUUGCACAAUCACUGUUGUAUGGUCCUGGACCAACUUCUCCGGGCAUGCCAAUGAUGCCAAUGCUUUUACCAGAUGGAAGGAUUGGAUAUGUAUUGCAAAGACCAGGGUUUCAACAGCCUACUCCAAUUACAGGAUCCCGACAUAUUCGGAGUGGUGACGCUAGUGGUGGGAAGCGCAGCAAUGAUAACCGCUAUCGUGGGCAUGACCGAUAUCAUCCCUACUGA